UUCACCUCCUCCACCGCAAAACACUUCCACCACCACCACCGGCGCCACCUCCCGCCCGCCCGCCCGCCCGUCGCGUCCCCGCUAAGCUCCCCUUACUCGCCGUCGAGGGAGGUUUCCGCGACCAGGCCCGACAAUGGCGUCCCGUCUCAAGUUCGAGAACUCGUGCGAGGUUGGCGUCUUCUCGAGGCUCACCAACGCCUACUGCCUCGUCGCCGCCGGCGGCGCUGAGAAUUUCGUCAGUGUGUUUGAAGCCGAGCUCGCUGGCGUCAUCCCGGUGGUCAGGGCGUCCAUCGGCGGCACCAGGAUCGUCGGGAGACUCUGCGUCGGCAACAAAAACGGGCUUCUUCUGCCACAUACCACCACCGACCAAGAGCUCCAGCACCUGAAGAACAGCCUGCCUGAUCAGGUGGUCGUCCAGCGCAUCGACGAACGCCUCUCUGCCCUGGGCAACUGCAUUGCUUGCAAUGACCAUGUUGCUCUCACAAACCCAGAUCUCACCAAGGAAACCGAGGAGCUCAUCUCAGACGUUCUUGGAGUGGAGGUGUUCAGGCAGACGAUCGCUGGGAACAUACUGGUGGGGAGUUUCUGCACCUUUUCCAACAAAGGGGGACUUGUUCACCCGCGGACGUCGGUGGAAGACCUGGACGAGCUGUCGACGCUGCUACAGGUGCCCCUCGUGGCCGGCACCGUGAACCGGGGGAGCGAGGUCAUCGCGAGCGGCAUGGCGGUCAACGACUGGGCGGCGUUCUGCGGCUCGGACACCACGGCGACCGAGCUCUCAGUUGUGGAGAGCGUCUUCAGGCUGAGAGACGGACGACCCGGCGCUCUUGGCGCCGACGUCAGGAAGUCCUUGGUUGAGAGCUGCUUUGUUUAGUCUUCUUGCCAGCAUGACUUCUCCCUUGCUGUAUCUUCACUAUUACGACUGCUGCUGCAUCAGAAGAUAUGUGUUCCCGUCCAUUAAUCCUGUCAGGAUGAUACGAACGAAGAUCGUCUACUUUGCAGACCUGGAAUUUUCCCAGUCAAGUUUAGCUCAAGGACAAGACUCGUUCUGAUGCCAAAUGCUGAUUGCAGAGUUCACAUUUAAUGUCAAGUAGUAUUACGUGCUUUACAAACCUGGAAAACCUUCCCAAAUCAAGUUGAAAGGAUGACUCGUUCUAACUAGCAAUUGUUACUUGCAGAGUUCA